AUGGGACGCGUUGCCAUCGAAUCGCCCGCUCUGCCCUCUCAGGUGCACCCAAAGCCCAUCAGCACAGAUGUGCGAGCGGCGGCUCCCCAAAUUCCCCAGCGACCCAUCGCAGAAAGCAUAGCGAGAGCUCUGAUGCCGAAUAAAAUGAAGCUGUCAUCCAUUGUCAGCGUUUCAGACUUCGAACUAGCUGCGUUUCGCUCCCUACCUCAAAGAUCUUUUGGAUUUCUCAAGACCGGCGCUGAAGACGAAUAUGCCGUUAAUUGGAAUCGAGACAGUUGGAAAGCCAUUCGUUUCCGUCCUCGGAUAUUGCGACCAAUAGAAAGCAUCGAUACGUCUUGCUCGAUCUUGGGAACCAAGUUCUCUGCCCCCUUUUUCAUCUGCCCUGCUGGAGGAGCAAAUUUGGUUGCACCAGGUGGGGACGUGUUCCUGACGAAAGCAGCUGCGAAGCAUGAUAUUCUGCACUGGGUAUGCAACAAUGCUGGAUCUCGCCAAGAAGCUAUGUCUUCUGCAAGAGGGCCUAAUCAAACCAUAUACUGGCAAGUCUACCCCAUGACUGAUUUGACAGUCACUGAAAGGGAAAUCAAGCGCGCAAUCGUGCUGGGUUAUAAAGGAUUCGCUCUGACGGUGGAUGCCAUCAGAGCUGGUAAGCGGGAGCGUGAUCUACGCAUCACAAUCACCGAAACGGAGGACGAGGAAGAUGAUGAUGGCGAGGAAGAUGAUGAUGGCGAGGAAGAUGAAAGCUUCACCAAGGAUCCUACAGUUAUCCGACCUCCUGUUUGUUCGACUUUUGACUGGGCUUCCUCGAUCGAAUGGCUCAGAGGUCUCACGGACCUCCCUAUUGCCAUCAAAGGUGUCCAAAGCUGGAGAGAUGCUCAACUAUGUAUGUAUUAUGGAGUACAUCCUUGGCUUUCAAAUCACGGUGGUAGACAACUGGAUGGAGCUCCAUCUUCAGUUGAAACUUUGGUUGAUAUUCGGAAACACUGCCCCGAAGUCUUUCAGAGAUGCGACGUCCUUGUUGACGGUGGGAUUACAAGGGGCUCUGAUAUCGUUAAGGCAAUUGCCCUUGGAGCAAAGGGAGUUGGGCUUGGAAGACCUUUUUUGUAUUCCCUCAUCUAUCGUGAAGCGGGUGCCAGCAAAGCCGUUCGAAUCCUCAAGCAUGAACUUGAAACUACAAUGGCUUUGUUGGGAGUUACAUCACUUGACCAGCUCAAUUCUUCCUAUGUCGACAUAUCGCCACUAUUAUAUGCUUUUACCAAGCUGAAAUUAUAG